GUGAGGCGCAGAGUAACCGCCCUUGGUGAGCCUCAUGGCGGUUUCCUCGUGUGGCCUGGGUGCAGGUCCCUCGAGGCCAUGGGUCCUGAGCUGUCGCCUGCUGCUGCUGGUGUUGUGGCUACCACUGAGCUCGGUGUCUCUCUAGCCUCUAGGUCCAGUCUGGGAUCAGAGUGGAAAAUCAGGAAAUAUUUGGUGAAUGAGCUACUGAUGAUAAAUGCACUCUUUGCUGCCAUCCUGGCACAAGCUCCUGCUUCAUCUCUGUCUCCAUUUUGUUCUCUAGGUCACAAAGAGAACAAAACCAUACCAGUCUGUAGUGAGCCCUGGUGGUCAACGGAGCUGGACAUGACCCGCCGCCACUGGCCCUGGGAGGUGAGCCUCCAGACAGAGAAUGAGCACGUGUGUGGAGGGGCCCUCAUUGCCCCCUUCUGGGUGGUGACUGCUGCCCACUGCAUCCAGAGCACCAAAGAGUACUCAGUGGUGCUCGGUGCCUCCCAGCUGCAGCCCUUGAACCCCAGGAGGAUCUUCUCGGUCCCUGUGAGGGACAUCAUUAUGCAUCCCAAGUACUGGGGCCGAACCUUCAUCGUGGGUGACAUCGCCCUUCUCCGUCUUCCUGUUCCCGUCACCUUCAGCAAGUUCGUGCAGCCCAUCUGCCUCCCAGAACCCACCUUCAACCUGAAAGUGGGGACACAGUGCUGGGUGACCGGCUGGGGCCAGGCCAAGCAGCGCUUCGCAGGCAACUCUAUGCUGAGCCCAGAGCUGCAAGAGGCCGAGGUGUUCAUCAUGGACAACCAGCGGUGUGACAAGAUUUACCGAAAGCAGUCCUUCUUACCCCGAGUUGCCCACCUCAUCCUGGGAAACAUGGUUUGUGCCACCAAUUAUGGAGAAAACUUGUGCAAUGGGGACUCUGGGGGACCGCUGGCUUGCGAAGUCGAGGGAAGAUGGAUUCUUGCAGGGGUGUUGUCCUGGGAGAAGGCUUGUGCCAAAGCAGAGAAUCCAGGAGUGUUCUCUCGCAUUACCAAGUAUGCCCAGUGGAUCAAGAAGCAGAUGAGAAAUGACGUGUUCUCAGCUCCCGGCUGCACCUCCUCCUGGCUCCUGUUCCCCACCUCACUGCUUCUCCCUACCUUGCCCUUUGUGUUCUGCCUCUGCUGAAUGGCACCCAUGGAGGUUUGACCAUGGUUGUGUGUUCAAAUUAGCAAAAAGUGGGGAAGGGGGAGACGUGGCCCCUGGGGACCAGGUCCUGCUUUGGCAUCCCAGUGAGGACAGGUGUGGUGGGUGACUGGGCCAGGAGACCAGGAGAAAGGGAGGGAGAAUGGGUCAGAGGGUUCUGGAAUCUGGAACCAGGAUAGCAGAGAUUAAAUUUGUGCAGAUAUGAGCUGGCUGUUUUUUUCUGUUCCCUGGAAUGGCCCUUGAAGAUGUGGGUGGGGGGAAUGCAGAGCUUUGUGACAUUAAUUCUACCAGGAGGCUCCACAGGGUGGGGGGUGUGAUGUUCUUUGCUCCAUCUCUAGUGCUGGGGCAUAAAAAAGGGGCCUGGGUCUUCAGCCUCAGUUUCUUCAUCUAUAAAGUGGGGCUCUCAUAGAGGAGCUGUCAAAAACUGCUCUGCAGGUGGACAGUGGGGCAACCCACAGAAAGUGCUUCCAACUCAGCUUGCUUGCUCACUCUCUCUUUUCUUUAUAGAAUUCAUUAUAAAAGCAAUGCAUGCUCAUUGUAAAUAGGAAACUAGUAAAGCCUAAAUAAAGGAAAGACCCCUGGAGUUCCAGAACAAGGGAGGUGCCCACUCUUCAUUUCAGUGAAUUUUCUUCUACAGUUUUAUUCUUGCGGGGGGGCCGGUAACAGAGAUCAAACUCAGGACCUAAAUCCCCGGCCCUACAGUUUCAUUCUUUUUUUUUUUUUUUUUUUA